UGUCAGGUGGUGGAGAAGCUGAUCCGAGGCCUCGCCAUGGAGGACAGCAGGAACAUGUUUGCUCUGUUUGAACACAACGACACCACAGAGAAAGCCAUCGAGAGCCGCACAGUGGUGGCCGACGUGCUCGCCAAGUUUGAAAAGCUCUCAGCCAGCCCAGACGAACACAACACCGGCUGGAAGUUUUACUUCAAGCUCUACUGCUUCCUGGACACAGACAACGUUCCCAAAGACAGCGUGGAGUUUGCCUUCAUGUUUGAACAGGCCCAUGAAGCCGUCAUUCGUGGUCAGUAUCCGGGCCCCGAGGAGACUCUUCAGUUCCUGGCCGCCCUCAGACUUCAGUACCUCCUGGGCGAUCACAGCUCCCAGGCCAACGUCCCUGAAAUGUCCCAGGUGUUCCCCAUGGUGCGGUUGCGGGCCCGGGUCCAGAACUCAGCCAAGACGUUCGCUCCGGGCACCGGCUCGGUGGCCGAACGCUCGGGGACGUCAGAGAGGAAACGCUCGAGCUUCCUGGAAGGAACGCUGAGGCGGAGCUUCAGGAGCGGCUCGGUGAGUCGGCAGAAGCUGGAGGAGGAGAACAGCCUCGAGGCGUGGAUGAGGGAGGAGGCGGCGGCGGUGAGAACCAGCGUGAUGGACAAGUGGAAGAAGCUGCAGGGGAUGAACCAGGAACAGGCAAUGGUCAAAUACAUGGCUGUGGUGAAGGAGUGGCAGGGAUACGGAUCCACGCUGUUCAACGUGGAGUGUCGGGACGGCACGUUCCCCGCCGAGCUGUGGUUGGGCGUGAGUCGUGAGGCGAUAUCGGUGUACAAGCGAGGGGAGCCGUGGCCUCUGGAGGUUUUCCCGUAUGAACAGAUUCUCUCCUUUGGAGCGCCGCUGGCCAACGCCUACAAGAUCGCCGUGGAGGGCCGAGAGCUGGUGUUUGAAACGCAAAUGGUGAUGGACAUCGCCAAGCUGAUGAAGGCCUACAUCAGCAUGAUCGUCAAGAAGCGCUACAGCAACUGUCAGUCCGUCAGCAGCCACGGCAGCCAGUGCAGCGCCUGGUGAACUCCGCCCCUUUAACCUUUCACCUUAAGGCCACUUGCCGGAGUGCCGCGGACGGUCGAGCGUGGCCGCCGUUGGCCGCGCAUGGACGCCAAUCCUCGGCGCUCUGGAGAGAGCAGCUCGUACAUCUGACAUGUCAGACUGACUCUGUGAAUGCUGGAGACAAACCACAAUGCUCUUCAUGUUAAUCAGCUCAAAUUAUUAUUUUUGACUGGUUUCAUUCCAAAACAUUAAACAUCCGCGUCUGAUACAACUUUUAACGAAAGCAGAUCAUUUCAUGCUGGAAGGAUCAGCUGUUCAGGCUCAGCUCUGCUACAGUUCACACACAGAAAAACAACCUGAACCAUUUCUCAGCGUCAAAGAGUGAGAGUGUAAAACAAACCAACUACAAGAAACAACCUAAAAAUAUUAGAUUAUCAGGAUGAGAGAAAAUUAAGGGAUGACGCUCACAAUCAAUCAGAACACGAGCGCAGAAGAGUGAACAUGCUGAACUCAACUUUCAGAAAUUUCAAUCAAAUUUCUUUGUUUGUCAGCUUUUCGAAGCUUUCUCCAACAAACAAGCUACACGAGUCGUGUAAUUUUUACGAAACCAUGAGUUUUGUAAUAAGGCCGAGCAGACUUACAAAACUCGGAAGUUAUCCAGCUCAGCUGCCAGAAAAAAAAAUGUUGGCAUUGUACAUUUCUACAAAUACUCAAAUAUGUUACUUUUAUGCUUUUCAUAUGUGUCAUAUUUAUGUUUUUAAAAUGACGUCGUAUAUGAGCUGACUCUUCAUCAGGAGGUGAAGGUGAAUCACUGAGGACGUGACUGCAAAGCUGCAGGCUCAUGCAGAUUACUGUUUGAGACCAAAAAAACAAUUUUUUAGGAGGAGAUGCACCACUAUUGUUCCACCAGGGUAGCGCCACAAAAAGUAGCUGUUUUAUAUGAAACGUGGCUGUAUUUCCUGACAAAACUGUGCCACCGAAAAUGGCUAAACAUUAUCCUUUUCUUACUAUAACCGAGUGGUUCUAGUGCAUAAAGCUAACAACACCAACGCAGAUUUUAAACGUUUCUGCUACAAAAAAGCUUAAAAUGUAACAUAUUGGGAACAUAUAAUGCCAACAUUUAACCUACAGUUAACCUUCAUUAACCUUAACAUAAUUUACCAUUUCAUGAAUUAAUUUGCCUCCUGAAGCCGUGAAGGGAUCAAGAACCUCGAAUCUAAGGUUUACAGGAUAACAUCUACAUGAUUAACAAUAUUUUAUUUGACAUAGAAACAAUCUGUUUAAGUGCAUUUAGGAUUACUCAAUUUUGUGUUCAACAGCAAAAUCCAAAAGAGUACCCACAUGUCUUAGUCCAGGGUCAAAAUAACAGCGAUGUCUAAUGUUUUGGAAUAAAACGGUUCAUUUCUUCCUGAUGCAGAUGUUGCAGGAUGGGGCUGUUUGUUACUGAGGUUUUUGUUCGUGUCUGUUAAUGUGUGAGAAUGUGACUUUAAGAGAAGCGCAUCUACACAUCUGAAUGUAAAAAAAAAGAAGCAGAGAAGGUAAAGAAAAGAAAAUAGUUAAAGCCUAAAGCCUUUUCCUCUGCUCUGAAAACUCUGGGACUUCACCUUCUAUACAAACUUUGUCCAGGAUGAUUGAUCCGUUCACUGUAAAUAAUAUGCAACUGUACUCGUCUCAAGCAUUUCAAGUUUGUGAUUGAUUGUUUCGAAUGAUUUGCCGACGACUUUGAGGGUCACACAAGUGCCUGUGCAAACUAAAGCAGGGCGAACUGAACUCGACUUUGUCUUAUUGAUGCCACUCUCGUUCCAAUGCGAACGAAUUCUGGAAGGUGCUCCCAUGUUCCCUUUAACUGCCAAUUUACUUUUACACUACAGACUUUGUCCGGCUGCACAAGUCAUUCAAGCUAAAGUCUUUUCUAAUAGUCCAAACGCCUGCAUCAGACGGACUGCUGCAACACCUGUGCACCUCUGAGGCAAAGUUGAAUUUAAAUUGGAAGAUGGUUAAACAGAUAUGUCUGCAAGAGAAUGGACCCAGUGUGGCUGGAGAAUUUAGUUUCAGAUGCAGACACGGCUGAGUUUUGAGAACAGUUUUGAAUUGAAGCUGGUACCAAAUUUCCAUGAAUUGUUAAGUUCAUAUUGCAAUGCUUUCAUAUGGUAAAACAAUAUAAGGAUCCCAGGAUUAGCAAAAAUCUAACAUUCCUGUCUGGUCAUGUUGUCCAUAAACAGUUUUGUAAUUAAUUAUACAGAAAAUAAACUAUACUGCAAUAGAACAUUACAUAUACUAAUAGCCCACUCUUAAAGGUUAAUUUCAGUAUUUUCUAACUUGGCCCUUAUUUUUCCAUGUUUUGUGCUCUAAAAGUCUAACGGGAACAUGAGUUUUUGACAUUGGUCCAGGCAGCAGGCAGUGGUGCGAUGUAUCGACUCAUGUUCAUACUGUCAGUUUAUUUCAAUGAAAAGUGCUCGUGUUUACGACUGACAGGCUGAGAUAUUGAGUUAUUGUUAUUAUUAUUGUCCAUCAGUUUAUGGAAAGGAUGCCUACU